CGCAGCGCGCUCCAGACAAGAUGGCGCGUCCGGUCCGGGGAGCGCUCGGGGCCCCGCGCCGCUCGCCUUGUCCUCUCCUCCUCUGGUUGCUGCUGCUGCUUCGGCUGGAGCCGGCAACGGCCGAGGCCGGCCCGCGAGCGCCCUGCGCCGCUGCCUGCACUUGCGCUGGGGACUCGCUGGACUGCGGCGGGCGCGGGCUGGCGGCGCUGCCGAGGGACCUGCCCGCCUGGACGCGGAGCCUAAACCUGAGUUACAACAAAUUUUCUGAGAUUGACCCUAUUGGUUUUGAGGACUUGCCGAAUCUACAGGAAGUGUACCUCGGUAACAAUGAGUUGACAGCCAUACCGUCCCUGGGUGCUGCUUCAUCUCACAUCGUCUCUCUCUUUCUGCAACACAAUAAGAUUCGCAGUGUGGAAGGGAGUCAGCUGAAGGCUUACCUGUCCUUAGAAGUGCUCGAUCUCAGUUGGAACAACGUCACGGAGAUCCGGAGUGCCUGCUUUCCGCACGGACUGCCCAUAAAGGAGCUCAACCUGGCAGGCAACCGGAUCGGCACCCUGGAGUCGGGAGCAUUUGAUGGUCUGUCACGGUCACUGCUAAUGCUCCGCCUGAGCAAAAACAGGAUCACCCAGCUUCCUGUGAAAGCAUUCAAGUUACCUAGGUUGACACAACUGGACCUGAAUCGGAACCGGAUUCGGCUGAUCGAGGGCCUGACGUUCCAGGGGCUCGACAGUUUGGAGGUGCUGAAGCUUCAGCGAAACAACAUCAGCAAGCUGACAGACGGGGCCUUCUGGGGGCUGUCCAGGAUGCACGUACUGCAUCUGGAGUACAACAGCCUGGUGGAGGUGAACAGUGGCUCGCUCUAUGGCCUCACGGCCCUGCACCAGCUCCACCUCAGCAACAACUCCAUCUCCCGUAUCAACCGUGAUGGCUGGAGCUUCUGCCAGAAGCUGCACGAGUUGAUUCUGUCGUUCAACAAUCUCACCCGGCUGGACGAGGAGAGCCUGGCCGACCUGAGCAGCCUGAGCGUCCUGCGCCUCAGCCACAAUUCCAUCAGCCACAUCGCGGAAGGCGCCUUCAGGGGACUCAAAAACCUGCGUGUCUUGGACCUGGACCAUAACGAGAUUUCGGGCACAAUAGAAGAUACCAGUGGUGCUUUCUCUGGGCUCGACAGCCUCAGCAAGCUGACUCUAUUUGGAAACAAGAUCAAGUCUGUGGCUAAGAGAGCAUUCUCAGGGCUGGAAGGCCUGGAGCACCUGAACCUUGGAGAGAAUGCAAUCAGAUCUGUCCAGUUUGAUGCCUUUGUGAAGAUGAAGAAUCUUAAAGAGCUCCGUAUCAGCAGUGACAGCUUCCUGUGCGACUGCCAGCUGAAGUGGCUGCCCCCGUGGUUACUGGGCAGGACGCUGCAGGCCUUCGUGACAGCCACCUGUGCUCACCCAGAGUCACUCAAGGGCCAGAGCAUCUUCUCUGUGCCGCCAGAGAGCUUUGUGUGUGAUGACUUACCAAAGCCACAGAUUAUCACCCAGCCAGAGACGACCAUGGCCGUGGUGGGCAAGGACAUCCGGUUCACGUGCUCGGCAGCCAGCAGCAGCAGCUCCCCUAUGACCUUCGCCUGGAAGAAGGACAAUGAGGUGCUAGCCAAUGCCGACAUGGAGAACUUUGCCCACGUCCGUGCGCAGGAUGGGGAGGUGAUGGAGUACACCACCAUCCUGCACCUCCGCCGCGUCACUUUCGGGCAUGAGGGUCGCUACCAGUGUGUCAUCACCAACCACUUCGGCUCCACCUACUCGCACAAGGCCAGGCUCACGGUGAAUGUGUUGCCGUCCUUCACCAAAAUGCCCCAUGACAUUGCCAUCCGGACUGGCACCAUGGCCCGCCUCGAAUGUGCUGCCACCGGCCACCCAAACCCGCAGAUUGCCUGGCAGAAGGAUGGAGGCACCGAUUUCCCUGCAGCCCGUGAGAGACGCAUGCACGUGAUGCCAGACGACGAUGUGUUUUUCAUCACCGAUGUGAAAGUAGACGACAUGGGGGUUUACAGCUGUACCGCCCAGAACUCGGCCGGCUCCAUUUCAGCGAAUGCCACCCUGACUGUCUUAGAAACCCCGUCUCUGUUGGUGCCCCUGGAAGACCGUGUGGUGUCCGUGGGAGAAACGGUGGCUCUGCAGUGCAAAGCGACUGGGAGCCCCCCGCCCCGCAUUACCUGGCUGAAGGGGAACCGCCCCCUGAGCCUCACAGAGCGGCACCACUUCACCCCCGGCAACCAGCUGCUUGUCGUGCAGAACGUGGUGGCAGAGGACGCGGGCCGGUACACGUGCGAGAUGUCCAACGCGCUGGGUACCGAGCGUGCGCACAGCCAGCUGAGCGUGGCGCCCAGCCCUGGCUGCCGGCGCGACGGCACCACUGUGGGCAUCUUCACCAUCGCCGUGGUGUGCAGCAUCGUCCUGACGUCCCUGGUCUGGGUGUGCAUCAUCUACCAGACCCGGAAGAAGAGUGAAGAGUACAGUGUCACCAACACAGAUGAGACCAUCGUGCCGCCAGAUGUUCCGAGCUACCUCUCUUCUCAGGGGACCCUUUCUGAUCGACAGGAAGCUGUGGUCAGGACCGAGGGCAGCCAUCAGGCCAAUGGGCACAUCGAGAGCAAUGGUAUUUGCCCGAGAGAUGCCAGCCUCUUCCCAGAGGCGGACACUCAUGGGGUCAUGUGCAGGCCACCCAAGCUCUGUGUUGGAUUUAAUAAGGAGCCGUGGAAAGGGAUGGAGAGAGCCGACGGGAUACCUGGUCCACAGAAGAUGGAGCACGGGGGCCCAGCUGAAUGCAGCGACUGCAACACUGACAUGGACAGCUACUCCAAGGAACAAGCCUUCUCUUCCCAAUCCAUGUCCAGGGACAAUACACAACCAGGUCCACAAGGGAGCCAGGAGCCCAGUCGGAGGGACCGAGAAUGCGCUCCACAGCAUCUGAGCAGUGGGACUGUUGACGGGGCUCGCACUGACUGCGUGCAGUCCCUCUACCCCAGUAACCACGACAGAAUGCUGAUGUCCUUGAAGCAGCAGCCAGCAGCCCCUCUAGAUGGGAAAGGGGCGUCUUCUUGGAUGUUAGCAAGGCUGUGUGAGCCAGACUCCAGAGACCUCCAGCCUUCCUCGGCAGUGACUCCAGGCCACCCUGAGCUCAUGCCAGCCUCCCCGGGCUUUCCUGAUGUCCCCAGUGAGGGCCAGCACUUGCUUCUUCCCAAUGGACACCUCCCCAAAGCAUGUGACUGCAGUGCUGAGGCCACACCGCUGACAGGACAGCUCCCCGGGAAGCGGAGUGUGCCACUGCUGUUUGCACCACACGUCUAGGCUUUGUCUACCUCAGCUCUUGUCAUGUCAAUCCCUACAGGAAAGAGAGGUAGGAGAAGCAGCUUGCUUCAAGCGUCACUGAUUUGUACAGUUGUAACUUCCAUGUGGAGUAUCCGUAGUUUAAAGGACUUGCAGCUAAAGCGCAGAGAUGCAAGAGGCUAUUGUGUACAAAAGGCAGAAAAGUGUUUUACCAUUGUACAUAAGAGUUUUCAGAGAUUUCAUAUAUAUUAUAUAUCUUUUACAGAGGAUAUUUUAAUCUUUAGUGCAUGGUGAACAGAAAACAACUGUACAAUUUUGACAAUAUUAUUUUUCAUAUCAGGUUGCUGUUUAAUUUUGGAGGGGGGGAUAGUUCUGGUGCCUUAACGCAUGAAUGGAAUUUAUACAAGGACAAACCACAUUUGUUCCCAGGAGUUUUGGUGGGUAGGAAGGAUGGAAAGUCCUUGGACUUGGACUGCACUUCGUAGGACAGACCCCGGGGGGGCUUUAUAGGCACAGACUUUGUUUGCAUCGGAAGCGACUUCGCGUCAGUGCGGCUCCCAUGGGGAGGCUCCCGCCGCAGACCCAGAGGUGCAGGCUCAUGUUCCUCUGCAGCGAAUGGCUUCUCGAAGGUUUCAGUUCUGUCUUUAACAAGCACGAUGGGGGGGUUUUAAUCCACCACAAGCAUUUGGUCCGAACAAUUAAGCACUGCCUUUCUUCCUUCUAUGAUAAAAGCAAAUGUGGUCUUGUCAGCAUCACACGAUUGUCAUUUGAGGCUUUUUAAUGAGAUAGAGGCUGCUGCUGUUGGUACCUGUGGAUUUUUCAAUAGUGACGUUUUAGUUCCGCCAAUAUAACUAAUAUUACAUUGGUCUAGGGGAGGAAAACGGUCGAGUCCUUACUUUCAGGGCUAGCUUAUCUCUACUGAGGAUCCGGGCAGGCCUGUCCACAUCCUUCCCUCGCACACAGACCCAGGCUCGGACUGGGCGAGGUGUAGCCCUGAUGGGCUCUGGGUAGAUUUGCACUUUGGAGACCUGCAGCUAACCAUCUUGUGAGUGCCAAUGUUCAGGAAAAAGUACAUUGAAACUAACAAGGUCCUUAAAUGCUCAGACCACGAGGUCCUGCCCAAAGCUGAAGGUAGAUAUUGACGGAAUGGUUACCUAUGUUAAAUUUUACUGUCAAAUGUCAUCACUGUUCCAAAAGGUAAGCACAGUUAGAAUUUUGUUCUCAACAGCUAACUGAUUAAUGUUACUUCCACAACAUAUGUGAAUUUGCUGCUUCUGAGAGGCAAUGUGAAAGAGGAAGUAUUACUUUUAUGUACAAAGUUAUUUAUUUAUAGAAAUUUUGGUACAAUGUACAUUGAAAAACAUGUAAAAUAUUGAAGCGUCUAACAAAUGGCAUUGAAGUGUUUUAAUAAAGGUUCAUUUAUGUUA